AACUCUAGCCCUAGCGCUGGCAGCGCCAGCGGACCGGUGCCGACGAACGAAGCGGGCAACGGGAGAGUGAAGGGCGACGACGAGCGCCAUGAGUGAUGGGCAUGACGACAGGCGCCAGUGCAGGGAACGAGAGAGUGAAUGCGCCGCGCGAUGGGCGGGCCGAUCUGCGCAAUGCAGGCGAAAAUAGAUAUGGCGAUUGUGGGCAAUUUGCAGCAUUUCGGAGGGCCUCCGGUUUGUGUUUCGUUAUGGUUGCUGCUGGUCUCGGCGAUCUCGAUCUCGGCCGGCGCUUCGGUGGCGGCAUCGCGGUGUCGCGGUGCGGGUUUGCAUUCGAGAGUGUCUGAGUUGGAAUCGGAUGGACCUGCAGCCUCUGAAUGGGCCAGUCUCGAAGAUCUGGGUGAAGAUCUGUGACGAUCGAGAAAUUGGUCGGUUUGUUGUGCGAUGAGGAUUGCGUGAUUCCUGUAUCUGAGACAUGGAUGUUCGUACUGGAGAACGCUGCCAGUCAUGUGGGGAGGCAAGUAUGGUGAUGGAUGCUGUUUAUGGCAUCUAUGCCUGCGAGGCUUGUGGAUCUAUGGGAGAUCAAGCCGCAACACAAUUAGGUUCUGAGUUUCAACUUGGCCAUGUCAUUGAGCGCCGUGGAACUAAUAUUGGCGAACAUGAUAGUGGUGCCGCGGCUGCCAAAGGUCUUAUGAGGGGCCAAAUGAAUCAUAACUUUUACACAGGCUUCACAAGCUGGAGCGAACGUCACAAGUUGGAAACUUUGAGGAAAGUACAGCGCAUUAGUGGCCAACUCAGAGUUCCAGGUGAUAAAGUUGAUGAAGUGAAGCACUUAUUGGAGCGUACAGUGGAUGGAGAUUGGGGUGCAGGAAGAUGGGUGGAUGUUCUGGUAGCUGCUUGUGUCUAUAUUGUCAUCAGACAAAGCCAGUUGCCUUUAACAAUACCGGAAGUUGCCGACUGCGUGAACUGUGACGUUGUGGAGCUCGGCCGAAUGUACAAUAGAGUUCUUCAAAAGCUCAAUAUCAGCGUGCCUCACGUUGAUCUUUCGAUCUUCUUGGAGCGCGCUCUCUCCACGCUUCCUGCCCUAACUAAGCAAAGCAGGGACACUCUGCGGAUAGUAGCAAGGCAAGGGAAGAUGCUUCUGACUAAUGCUGUUCAAUGGUUCAUCACAACCGGUCGUCGGCCUUUGCCGGUAACUGCGGCGGUUUUACAGCUGGUGUUGGAAGCAAAUAAGAUCUCAGUUCAUAUCUCUGAUGUGGCUCGACAGCUUUAUGCUGGUAUUGGGGCAACAAGGAUGCGCUAUAAAGAAUGCAAGAAUUCCUUAGUGGUUAUUGCUCAAAAAUUACCAUGGGGCGCUGAUAUCACUCCGAAAACUGUGUUGCGCCACCUGCCUUUCAUUAUACAGUACUUGGAACUAAAGCAUAAGUUGCAGAAAGGAGCCAAUCAAGGCUCUACGUGCAUUGGUCAAGUUGUUCCCCGAAAGAGAGCUUCAACUUUACUUUGUGGGAAAUCAGAUUCACUUUUACUAAACGCGAAGAAUACUUUGGCACUGAAUGGUCAUAGGCAAACCAGCACAGUGAACCAAGAAAAAGUUGACGGUAGACCAGCAAAAUUCUUGACAGUUAGCAGAGCACAUUUUCACUCUGUUCAAAAGUCAGAGCUAGUCGAAGUUAAAUUAGAUGAUGAGGAUGAAACUUUUCCUAGAGAUGAUUGCCGCGGUGAUCGGCCAGAUAUGCGUAGAAAGACUUCGGAAGAUCUGCCAGAUAUUAGAGCGCCGGAGUCAACGACUGGCGCUCCAGUACCAGAGCGCAAUGGGUCUGCGAACGUGUUGCCCGUUGCCUUUGUGGCAAGUGAGGAAGCACGCAAGAGGCGGCUGCACAAAAUUCAUCUUGCAAAACUUCGAAUUUUUCAACGUCGGGCAUUAAUGUCUCAAACUUAUGGUGUCUCACAACAACUCUCAGUACCCCCAAGUCCUGUUCACAUUCAGGAGAAGCCAGGAUAUGUCAGGCGUGUUGACGAUAUUUACCUGGCUCCAGAUAUUGAAGACCUCAGAAUUGAAAAGCUUUUGCUCAAAGGGGCGAGCGGAGCGGAUCUCGAGACUGGCUAUUACAGGUCACUAGAGGCUCAGUUUUUGGAGGUCCAUGAUGGAGAUUGCGAUAAAGAUUUCACUGAGUACGUCCACAGUAGUUGCGAGGUCGAGUAUUUGAAGGAACUGAAGAAAUUGAAGACAGAAUGUUCAAGAAACAUCGGAUGAGAUGGCGAUAAGUGUGCCCUCUCUUUAAAUUCAGCGAUUCAUUCAUGGGGCUAUGUCGAGAAUGAACCUUCGAUGAAUGACCUGAAUUUUGGUCACCAGUCGAAAGGGCUGUUCAGUCAAUUAAUAUUAGAUAAUUCUUUCUCCUUAUGGAGCCAAAUGAUCCACAUCUUGCCUAAUUUUUGCAAUUUCGGAGAGAAAGCGAGGCAAUCCCGAAACUAACCCUACACCUCGUAUUUCAGCCAAUUUCAAAUUCUGGUUGCUAUCCCACUAGGACAGGAAGUCAACUGCCUCCAUUACAAGAGUUUGAUUUCACGGGUGAAAACAAUCUGGUCAAAAACCUUAGAACAAUUGAAGUGUUCACUAGGAGUGUACGAGCCGUACACGAACUCUAUCCGAAGAUAAGCCAGAGUACUUGUUGGAUCAGUGAACUCAACAUCCGGUAAGUCCAAUGUUUCUGAUGAAGGAUUCCUCGUUUGAAGACCAUCCACGCUUAAGAUUCUGAAAUAGUUAUAAUGCACGUGUCAUCCGUGCAAGUCCCGCAGACUAUUCGUGCCUCAAGUGUGUACGUUGUGUAGUUUGAAGGAGCCGAACUAUAUCGUUAAGCGAAUCUUGGUGACAGAAAUCAAGUGCUAAUAGUAUAUAAUUUUCAUUAUCGUAGCUUGUUUACGUGUGGUAACAAAAUAUCAAAUGUACAACUAACGACAAUGAAGCCUCACUUCACAUUUUGAAGUGAACAAUUUUGAACGAAGAUGUCACAGCCCCAUGU